CUUUGCAAGGACACCGCAGAGGGGCACGCCAAUCCUCCAACUUCCUCCCGACGCCGCCUCUCAUUGGCUCCUGGGCUUAGAAGAAACACGUAAAUGAGCAGCUGCCGCUGGCAGCAACCUGCAGGAGGCCUUUGGGUGGCUUCGUCCUUUCCUUCUCGCCAGCCUGCGGGCGAGCCGAGCCGAGCCCAGCCGAGCCGGCGGACAAUGAGGUCGUCCUGCGUGCUGCUCGCCGCCCUGGUGGCGCUGGCCGCCUAUUACGUCUACAUCCCGGUGCCCAGCUCCGUGUCCGAGCCCUGGAAGCUGAUGCUGCUGAACGCGGUUUUCCACGGUGCACAGCAAGUGAGUAACCUGAUACACUACCUGGGACUGAGCCAUCACCUACUUGCACUGAAUUUUAUCAUUAUUUCUGUUGACAAAAAAAGCGCAUUGUCGUCUGCCCGAGUGAAGGUGACCGACACUGACUUUGACGGUGUGGAAGUCAGAGUGUUUGAAGGCCUGCCAAAGCCAGAAGAGCCACUGAAACGCAGUGUUGUUUAUAUCCACGGAGGAGGCUGGGCCUUGGCAAGUGCAAAAAUGAGGCAUUAUGACGAGCUGUGUACAGCAAUGGCUGAGGAAUUGAACGCUGUCAUUGUCUCCAUUGACUACAGGCUGGUUCCAAAGGUUUAUUUUCCUGAGCAAAUUCACGAUGUUGUACGUGCCACAAAGCAUUUCCUGCAGCCAGAAGUCUUACAGAAGUAUAUGGUGGACCCAGGCAGAAUUUGCAUUUCUGGUGACAGUGCUGGUGGAAAUUUGGCUGCUGCCCUUGGACAACAGUUGAUUCAAGAUGUCAACCUAAGAAAUAAGGUCAAACUGCAAGCUUUAAUUUAUCCAAUUCUUCAAGCUUUAGAUUUUAACACACCCUCUUAUCAGCAAAAUGCGAACAUGCCAAUCCUGUCCCGCUAUAUCAUGGUUAAGUAUUGGGUGGACUACUUCAAAGGCAACUACGACUUUGUGCAGGCAAUGAUAGUUAACAAUCACACGUCACUGGAUGUGGAAGAGGCCACUGCUCUCAGGGCUCGUCUAAACUGGACGUCCCUCUUGCCUGCAUCCAUCACAAAGAACUACAGUCCUGUUGUGCAGACCACCGGCAAUGCCAGGAUUGUCCAGGAGAUCCCUCAGUUGCUGGAUGCCCGCUCUGCCCCACUCAUAGCGGACCAGGAAGUGCUACAGCACCUCCCAAAGACCUAUAUUCUGACGUGUGAGCAUGACGUCCUGAGAGACGACGGGAUCAUGUAUGCCAAGCGUUUAGAGAGUGCAGGUGUGGAGGUGACCCUGGAUCACUUUGAGGAUGGCUUUCAUGGAUGCAUAAUUUUCACCAGCUGGCCCACCAACUUCUCAGUGGGAAUUCGGACUAGGAAUAGUUACCUCAAGUGGCUGGAUCAAAACCUGUAAAGGAAUAAAACUUCUGGAAGGCUCCAGUGAGCCCCUCUUCACCUCCUAUACCUGCUCUGGAAAAACAUGCACUUUUUAGUUGACUAAUCCUUCCUCCUACACCCACAACCUCCAAACCCCCACCCCCAUUACUUGUGAGUUAUGGAAUCUCUAUUCCUGCAGACUUUAUGAUAAUCUAGUAUUUUAAAAUGAAUUUGACUAACUUAAGUACAAAAACAUCUGACUUUGGUUCCAUAGUGGGCUAGUCUGUCUGUUCAUGUUAUUUUGAUCAACUACUACUAAUACCUACAGCUACAGAAAGCAGGGCUAGGAGCUGCAAAUAGCUUUGGUCCUGCCUUCAUCUAGAUGCUCUUUCAGAAGAAAUUCUUCCAGCUGUGGAUGAUAUAAUGACCUUUAGUUAGUUAAGAAAAUAUGGGCUCUUCUUCAACUUGCUAGAGCUUAUUUCAGAUUCAGACAGUGUUCAGUAUGUGCACUUUCAGGUCAGUGCCAGGGACCAAGUACCCUCUGUGAUUAGAUGGUUUUGUUUCCUAUGGGAAUUUUGGCAAAGGCUUUCUAACAAGGUGAAGUUUCUCAACAGACUUUUUUGCUCUACAGUGUUAAUUUUAUGAGAUAUAGUUAUCUAUAAGUCCAGCUGGAUUGUAAUGAUACUUGAAAGUUACUUUCUACAACUAUUAUUAGAAAACAUAAAGUUGCAUACACUGGAUAGCUAUACAUUUUUAAGUUUUUGUUGUUUUUACUUAUGCAUUUCCUUGAGUAGAUGUUUUGGGAGCAAAUUAAUUUAGAUUUAGAAUAAAUUUCCCCUUACAGAAAAAGUAAAAACAGACAAACGAAACAACCUAUUGUUUCUCAUAAAACUACUUCUGACAUAAAUUACCAAGAGCAGGGUGUAUAUAUUUGGCAUAGUCAGAAAAUACAUUUAAUGUUCAUUUAAAAGUGUGAAAAAUGCCUUUAGAAGGUCUAGUCUAUGCUUGAAAACAACUCUUUCACUUAUAUGGCUUUAAAAUGGAGCUAUUUUGGUAUAAGGUAUUGUUUAUUUUUUUUAAGUUAUUUAAUGAUGUAUGUAGCUCGUCUUAGGAUUUUUUCAGAAAGAUGUCCAUAAUAAAUAUUUAAAAUAAUGGUAUUUUAAAAACUAUUUUAGGGUUUAAAAAACUGCUUAGAGUCAUAUCUACGUGUAAUUUUAUGGAAAGAGAUAAAAUAGGUAUUAAUACUACUACACAUUAGUCUUAAAUAUUUUGAUGUUUAUAUACAAAUAUAAGUUAAAAUUAGAAACUAUGACUGCACCUAGUAAAGUCAUCUAAGUUUGUAGUUCAGUAGCUUAGACAAGACAUGUACUACUCAUCUCUGCUCUUCAUGGUCAGAAGAACACAAGCUCAUAUUCCUCUCUGUAAAGAGCAUACAUUGACACCUGGUACCUGCAUCCUUCAUUUUCUCCUUCCAUCCAGGUCUAGACGUUCUAACAGCGCAAGCUUAACUUCAUGUAAGGUCUUCACUGCCAGUGGGAACGUCUUUGGCAUAGCAAGAAGCUCUGAUUCUGAUUUGCAUUCCUCUGCCCUCCUCCCUGCCACCCUUCCUCUGCCCCAGUUACUUUUAGCCGCUGCAGUGAGCAGCAGUACAGCUGAGUAAUGAUACAGUGCACCGUGGAAAGAAAUUAGCACCUUUUCACUCCCUUGAAGAAUGGAUAUUUCCCACUUCUGGCGAUGAAAUUUUGCAUACUGAGUUUUCAUUUAUUUGUAUGAGCCGGUAGCAUUUCAUAUACAAAACAGAAGUAAAUGCAACUGUGUGUGUAUGUGUGUGUGCCCAUGUGUAUACAAAAAUAAUCAUUCAAGCGAACUUGCUUAUGUUCUUAUACAAGUCACUUACCAUCUCUGGGCGUCUUCUCCCUUUCCUCUAUAAUCAGAGAGCAGCUGAAUUACUUGAUCCUUGAGGUCUCUUCCAGCUAUAAAUUCCAAAUAUUUUGUCAGAUUGGCAAAUUGUAUUGGCCUUUUCCUUUACGGUGUUUUUUUUGGUAGGCCGUAAUUCCUUAUACACAGACACUUAUAUCAACAGUUUUUUUUUUUUUUUUUUUCUAAAAAACUGGGAUUUUCAUUCUCUUACUCUAUGAUAGCUACCCUCCUCAUAUAAUACUCUUCUUUUUUUGACACCAUUUGAAGAAUGUUUGGAUCUUAUUUUGAGGUCAUCUACCUCUAAGAAAGAGAAAAUAUAAUGCACUGGCUUCCUUAAAAUGACGUUUUUUUCUCAGAAUUGCGAGCCAAAUCCUGUAGUAUUUACAGAUAACAAAUGAUUCCAGACCUCUAAAAGGCUCUCAUAUGAAAAGGGAGUGAAGGAAAAAGGGGGUCAACCACUGUUUCUGAUAAAAUAUUUGAGUUUCAUUGUUCUUUUAGCUUUUAUUCUUAUAAAAAAUGUCUAUGCUUUGCAGAUUGAUCUGUUUUUAGUAUUAUGGCUUUGUUUUGUCUUUCUCUUUUAUGAAAAAGUUGGUAAUCUUUUUUGUAAUAUUGUCUGUGAAAUAUGAACAUUAAUAUAUGAAGAAAAACCUCAAAGUGCUGCAAGAUAUAGUGGUGUAAAUCUUAAAGUUUUAUCAUUCAUUUGUUAAGAACUUAAAACUAUUGUAUAAUUAUCUUGGUGGAUAUAAUAUUUGAUGCAUGACCUUUUAACAUUUGACUUAGCUUAUUUCCCACUGCAAAGGGGAAGGCAGAUUUUAUGAAGGAUUUUAGUAGCUAAUCUAUUUUAUAAAAUGAAAAUCCACUGUGGAGAUAGGAAAAUAUGUAUCUGUUUUGAAUCAUGUUUGGAAGUAAAAUGGCUCCAUCUGGGAAAGUGUCUCUUUCAUUUCUCCUUGUCUCAUGCUCUGGUUUUCAUUUGAGACAGUGUUGGGUCUUUUUCAGUGUAUCCCAGAUCCCUAGCCACAAGUCUACCCAAAUCUUCUUCACCCUGGAGCACUCAAGCUGUCUUUCUUUCAAUCACUGAGCAGGGCUUGGGAACCUCCUUGACGGUAUUCAUUUCUUGUCUGGAUACACUGAGUGUUGCCCUGUCCAAGGAAACCUGUGCAGACUGGCUAGAACAUUCAUAAAAGCUAGGCAGGCCCCGGACCUAUUUUAGGAUCUUCAAUACACAUUAGGAAAGGAUUAUUAUAAUACUGAACCAUUUCAGCCAAAGAAGUAUCAGUAUCCCUGAAGGUAAGUUCUCUGUCAUUACAAACAAAUCUAAUAAUUUCACACUUGAGUUUAGCAUGCUUAGUUUAUAGCGAUACCAUAGGAAAUUACUUUUUUCUAGAAUGAAUUGUUUAUAUUGGUUCUAAAUGGUUCAU